UAAAUCUAAGCUCCAAUCAAUUGACAUUUUUAAGUUUUCAGUCAGUUCAUUUCUUCUCAGGGGACUAUAUUUCAUUGAGUGGCAAUUACAAUGGUAUUUGUAGAUAGCUAUGAAGAUUUUGAAAGAAGAGCUGAGCAGAUUUAUCUAGGAGCUCCAAUGAAGACCCGCUGUGUGCUGAAGUAUGACCACAGUAAAGCAUUGCUUAUUGCCAAAGUUACGGAUGAUGUUGUGUGUUUGCAAUAUCGGACUGACAGCCACGAAGACUUGAGGAAGCUGGAGAAGCUGAUGAGCAACAUCAUGCGACACAUGGCGUCUGGAGAGAGAUAGGCUUUCCUCAACCACAUGACCACUUGCAA